UAAAGAAAGCAACCAACCCAAUGACGUACCUGUGGAGACGCAACCACUGUGUGAAAUGAUCGGACUGCAUCGAAGAACCACUGGACGAAGAAAGAGGGAUCAAACACCUACGCAACGGAAUAAGCUAGAAACUGGAUGGCAUCAACAGCUUAUCACCGGAAUGUCAAAAGAGAACGUGUAUAACGACACCUGCGACAAGAAGAAAAGAUAUCCUAAAAGAAAAUUGGAAUGGGUUAGACAAAAACUUUACACUGAUAGCACAAGCUGUAAUGGAGAACUCACCAUACUAACGACUUAUAUUAAGCCCGACAGAGAUAACCUGCUUUAUAACCUACUAAGAACAGAUAUUUUCCAAUAA